AACUUUUUCCUCUCAGCACGUCGACAACCGGCACAUAUCCAAACGAUCCUGUCUGGUUUCUUCUCUGGUCUAACAAUCUCUCAUUCCAUCACUGUAAAGUCUUUGAAACCGCCCCAUUGGCGCACACCCACAAUGUCAGACCGAAAGAAAAGCAAGAAAAGCGGAGGAGGUAGACGGGAUGCUCCAGUCAUCACCGACCCCCGUUUCGCAAACAUCCAAACAGACCCUCGCUACCGCCUCCCUAGCAAACGACACACGCACACGAAACUCGAUAAACGGUUCGCGCACAUCUUACACGAUAAAGAAUUCUCCCGAAACGCCGCUGUUGAUCGGUACGGACGGAAGCUCGCGCGCGAUGACACGAAGAAGCACCUGGAGCGGUUCUAUCGACUAGAGAGUGAGGAUGAAGAAGGGGAGGACGAGGUCGCGGACAAUGUUAGUGUUGACGACGACGAUGAGGUGCUCAAGGAACUGAAGAAGGCCGAUAGUCGGGCGGCUGGGUAUGAUCCUGCGCGCGACGGGGGCUACUCCGAGUCGUCGUCUGAGGAGGAGUCGGAUGAAGAGGACGAGGAGGAGGCAGAGGAUGCUGGGGGCGAGGAGUUGGAGUUUCCGGAUAAACAGGCGGCUGAUGUGCCUGUGGGCGAAGUGACGGAUCGGAUUGCUGUCGUGAAUCUCGACUGGGAUAAUAUCCGAGCGGAGGAUUUGAUGGCAGUGUUUUCGAGCUUUACUCCGACUGGCGGGAAAGUCCUAAAGGUUGCCGUCUACCCGAGUGAGUUUGGAAAAGAAAGGAUGGAGAAGGAGGAGACAGAGGGACCGCCGAAAGAGAUUUUCGCUACGAAGGAAGCUGAGGAAGAUGAUUCUGACUCUGAUGAGGAGCAGGAUGAGGAAGUUGACUCCGACGAGGAAGAGGAAAAGAUCAAAAAGUCAAUUUUGAAAGAAGACAAGGGCGAGGAGUUCAACUCGACACAACUCCGCAAGUAUCAGUUGGAACGGUUACGCUACUUUUACGCUAUCUUGACGUUCUCCUCGAAAACUGUCGCGAAGCAUGUUUACGACAAUGUUGACGGCGCAGAGUACCUGACCAGCGCGAAUUUCUUCGACCUACGAUUUGUGCCCGAAGAGACGGACUUCUCUGACGACAGACCACGAGACGAAUGUGAGCGGAUUCCCGACGGAUAUCAACCAAACGACUUCGUGACCGACGCCCUCCAGCACAGCAAGGUCAAAUUAACUUGGGAUAUGGAUGACAAGUCGCGCAAGGAGGCUCAGGCUCGUGCCUUCCGGGGCAGUCGGAAAGAAAUCGAUGAGAAUGACCUCAAGGCCUAUCUUGCUAGUGAUAGUUCCGACGACGAAGAGGAGGAAGGCGGUGUUGAGAUUGUUGAUGCUACAAAGGAAGAGGGAUCGAAACUGUCACAAAAAGAGCAGGAGAGGCAACGCAUGCGGGCGCUCCUCGGAUUGAGCGCACAGCCGGCGUCGUCCACCAAGUCAGAUGGCCCUGUUGGUGAGAUGGAAGUUACCUUCACUUCGGGUCUGGCUGGUGGUCCCAACCGCGACAGCAUCUUCGAGAAUGAGCCUGAAGAGACCACUGUUGAGAAAUACCUACGCAAAGAGCGUGAGAGGAAGAAGCGACGAAAGGAUAAGCUCAAGGGCAAGGCAGAUGGAGAGGAGACUGAACAAAAGGACAGUGCUGAAGGUGCACAAGAGCCACAGGAGGAAGAUUUGGGCUUUAAUGAUCCAUUCUUUGAUGAUCCUUCUGGCAAGGCAACCGCCGCCGCCCGGCGCAAGGAGGAGAAACGCAAGAAGCGCGAGGAACGUGAAGCAGAGGAAGCAGCCGCCGCAGCUAAGCGGGCCGAGUUGGAAUUACUCAUGAUGGACGACGAUGAUGCUAAAUCCGGGGUGAGGCAUUUCAAUAUGAAUGAAAUUUCAAAAGCAGAAAAGCAGGCCCGCAAGAAGAAGGGCAAACGCGGGGGCAAGGAUCAGCCUGCUCAGGAAAUUACCGACAACUUUGAAAUAGAUGUCAAGGAUCCACGAUUCUCUCGCCUCUUUCAGAACCACGAAUUCGCAAUCGAUCCCACCAAUCCCAAGUUCAAGGCAACCGCUGGUAUGAAAGCAUUGCUGGAGGAAGGCCGAAAGCGCCGCCGAGACCGGGAUGAUCGCGAAGACCAGGAGGAGGAUCAGACCCGCGAUUCGAAGAAGCAGAAACAGCGGUCUAAGAAGGCGUCCACGGAAAAUGAUACAGACGAGUUGAAGAAAUUGGUGGAAAAAGUGAAGCGAAAGUCACGAAAGGCAUGAUACGACACCCAGUACAUAGGCUUGUUCAUUUUGUAUUUCUAAGAUUUCUCAGCGUCUAUCAAAAGAACACUAGGUGCAUAUACCAUCCAUCCACAUGUUUCACAAGCAGGAUUUAUUUAGCCAGAUUUGAGAGACAACGUAUAUCUACCACAUAGCGGCUCGAGCUAUUCUUUCUCGUGUCCGAGCUCGAGAUUUACUUCUCCCUUACCUUCGCCCUACUUCACCACUACCAGCCAGCGCAUCAACCGCUCGGGCGCAACGCCAAUAUAUGACACAAUGCCCGUAUGGCUUUGAAAUAGCAUUGUCCAUCCCGGCAGCUGUCUGCUAUGCCGCAUCCAUGUCCGCCCAUGCAGAAAGGAUUGGCUGUGUAACGCACCUGGUCAUUUGCAUCUGAUCUGACACAGACAAAAGGGC